AACAGGUGCGUCGCCCCGCCAACACUCUCUUCCUCUCUCUCCGCCCAUCACAGUCAUACGGGCGCAAUGACGUCGUCAGACCUCGACUCAUUCCUCAAGUCGUGGGUCGUACACGACAAGCGAUUCAUCUCAUAUCGUCUCUUGUCGAGGCACAAGGGAAUCCAUGUCAGCGAGGCGAAAAGGGCUCUGGAGUCAUUCGCCAAGGGCAACCAGACGAAUGUCAAGGUCACCCACGUCGUGCAGGGAUACGAUGAGGAGGCGGGGAUGGAGCAGGUGCUCAUCGUGGGAGAAGACAAGUUGCAAGGUCUUUUGUCUCGCCUCAGCGCCCCCUCCUCCCACAUAUACGCCCUUUUCCCCUCCCUCGCAUCCUCCUCGUCCUCAUCCAAAUCCCUCACCACAACCGAAAUCAGCCUCCUCUCCACCGUCCCCCUCACCCUGAACAGUGACAUGGCAUACCGCACAGCGUGGGAGCAGGCCGAUCGAGGCAAGGACUUCGGGGUACUCUACAACCCGCGCGUGGCAGAAGGGGACCCAAGAGCCGUCAAGGCUGCCGCUCAAGCCGCGGCUGCCGCGCAGGCUCAGGCUGCGGCCGCCGAGAAGCAACAGCGCACGGCCUCGGCUCCUGCUGGCUCGGCCUCGGGCUCAGGCUCUACCUCAAAAGCUGCGGCAACGACAGCAGCACCAGCAGCGCCCAGCAAGAAGGAAUCCACGAAAGCGGGUCUGGACUGGAGCAAGGCCAAGCCCCCCAAGUCAAAGGAGGUCAAAGCCAAAUCGCCUACCCCUCCCUCUCCUCCUCCUGCCGAAGACUCCGACGGGGACGCGGAUUCGGACGCUCCAAUCGCACAAGUAGGCUACGCCGACGACGACGACGACGACGACGACGACGACGACGAAGCGGACGAAGCCCCGCGAGGAGCGAGUAGGGUCAAACGAGCGGAUGCUGCCCCUUCUUCCAAGCAGGCCAAAUCGAGCGCGGCGGAGCGAGAGGAGAACAAACGCAAGUUGCGCGAGAUGAUGGAGGUGGAUAGCGAUGCGGACGAGGAGCCGGGCCAGGCCGUACCGGACGUUGAGGCCAAGGAGGACGAAGAGGGGGAAGCGUCGACGUCGACGUCCACUUCGAUGAUGAAGGGCAACGAGAAGAAAGGGGAGCGCAGGAAAGUCCGUCGUAAGCGACGCAUCGUACGCAAGGAGAGCGGCAAAGAUGCCAAAGGCUAUCGCUACACAAGGGAAGUAUCCGACUAUGAGUCCUACUCUGAUUGGACCGACUCCGAGGAGGGGACGAGGCCGGCCAAGGCUGUCAAGACGACGAAGAAGAAGGAGGCGGCGGCGAGCAAGGAUGCGAAGGAUGCAAAGGAUGAGGGUAACUCCACACCUAAGGAGGAGAAGACGAAGACGAAAGCUGUCCCCGCGCCCGCUAAGCCCAAGGGCAAAGAGCCCUCCCCUCCCAAGCAGGCUUCAGCGCCGGCCAAGAAGAGCGGUAGUGGUAGCGGUACCGGCGGUGGUGGUGGGGCGGGACAGAGCAAGUUGAGUAGCUUUUUCAAAAAGGGGUGAUGAGAGUGAGCAUGAGCGGGAAAAUGUGAUCACUACCAUCUCAGCGUAUCUCGUUCUCGUAAUGACUCGCCAC